AUGGAUGCAGCAACAGCUCGAAAGAACUGGGAACUAGAAAAUAAUAUUACAACAGUUGAUCCUGAACAAGACAGGAUCUACUUUUACGAUGCUGAACAGGAUAAACAAAAUGUAGCUCAAAAGCUUUGGAAGAACGACCCACAUUAUUUCAAACAUGUCAAGAUAUCAGCUGUUGCCUUAAUCAAGAUGGUUAUGCAUGCUCGAUCAGGAGGAAACAUUGAAGUCAUGGGCCUCAUGCAAGGAAAGAUUCAAGACGAUACUAUGUACGUUAUGGACAGCUUUGCCCUUCCCGUCGAAGGAACAGAAACAAGAGUCAAUGCUCAAAACGAAGCAUACGAAUAUAUGGUGUCUUAUAUAGAAAAAUCAAAAGAAGUAGGCAGAUUAGAAAAUGUCUUGGGCUGGUAUCAUUCACAUCCUGGAUAUGGUUGUUGGUUAUCUGGAAUUGAUGUCAGUACGCAAAUGCUAAAUCAACAAUAUCAAGAACCAUUUGUGGCAGUUGUCAUUGAUCCUAAUCGCACAAUGUCUGCGGGUAAAGUUGAAAUUGGUGCAUUUAGAACGUAUCCACAGGGAUAUAAACCACCAGAUGAAGGACCAUCACAAUAUCAGAGCAUACCUCUUAAUAAGAUUGAAGAUUUUGGUGUACACGUUAAAUCAUACUAUUCCUUGGAAGUUUCACAUUUCAAAUCAACUCUUGACGAGCAACUCUUGGAAGUAUUAUGGAGCAAGUACUGGAUCAACACAUUAUCUCAAUCAUCUCUUCUGAUUAAUCGUGAAUAUGCUACAAAGCAAAUGUCGGAUUUAGCACAAAAACUAAGUCAAACAAACGAAAGUAUGACUGGCAGAAUGGGUGGCUACCAUGGCGAUCGAAAGAAGACGGAUGAAACACAACUAAGUAAAGUGGCAAAGGAUAGUUGCAAGAUUACGGCAGAAGCUGUACACGGGCUUGUUUCCCAGGUACUGAAAGAUCAAGUGUUUAAUCAUAGAUUCAAAGAAUAA